AUGGCUAGGGCUAUCAGAGAGCAAUGUGUCAUCUGUCGCAAAAAGCAGAAGAUUUUGGAAAGUCAAGUGAUGGGAACAUUGCCGAAAGAACGUGUGACCCCGGUACCACCGUGGAAUUCAACUGCAGUAGACUUUUUCGGACCAUUUCAGACGAGAGGUGAGACAAACAAGCGUUCCCGGGGUAAGGCGUAUGGUGUGCUCUUCAACUGCAUGGCUAGCAGAGCUGUUCAUGUGGACAUAGCAACCGAUUACAGUACGGAAGGUUUCCUAAUGGUUCUAUGAAGAUUUGUCUCUAUCCGAGGGUACCCGAAGCACAUGUUUUCAGAUUGUGGGUCUCAACUUGCGUCUGCUAAUAAGGAAUUAAAAUCCAUAAUCGAAGGUGUUGAUCACGAACGACUUCGAGAGUUUGGCGCUGAGCAUGGGUUAGAGUGGAAGUUUGCAGCUGCUGAUGCUCCAUGGCAAAAUGGUUGCUCCGAAGCACUGGUGAAGUCUGUGAAGGGCGCAAUCAAAGGGGCGAUUGGGGAUCAGGUAUUGAUGUUUUCCGAGCUACAGACAGUCUGUUUUGAGGCCGCCAACCUAGUUAACGAACGGCCAAUUGGUAUUCAUCCGACGAGUCCCAGCGACGACACAUAUCUUAGCCCGAAUCACUUGCUUCUCGGUAGAGCGUCGGCAAGAAUUCCCAGUGGACCAUUUAAGGAAACGAAGAACGAAAGGUUGCGCUUUGAAUUUGUGCAAAGAUUGGUGAAUGCGUUCUGGAAACGAUGGAUCCGUGAUUAUUUCCCGAGCCUAUUAAUACGACAGAAAUGGCAUGUUGAUAAACGAAACGUGUGUGUCGGAGACGUUGUUAUGAUUCAAGACUCGAACAGUAUUCGUGGACAAUGGAAAGUUGGUCGCGUAUCGAAAGCCUUGGUUGAAGACGAUGGAAGAGUACGCAGGGUCGAAGUACAGUACAAGUGUUUGCCAACGAAAGAGACAAAGGUAUACAAAGGACAAGCUUAUACGACAAUCGAAAGGCCUGUGCAAAGAUUGGUUGUAAUUGUUGCGGCAAACGAAUCGUUUGAAAGAGACUAA